AGAAAACUUGUUAUUAUAUAUAGCUCUUUGAAAGGUGAUGUUUUUUUAACUAAACAAACAAUCAACUAGUUGCUUAUAAUUACUUAUUGUUGUUGUCGUCGUCGUUGUUAUGGCUUGUGUGCCUUGUGCCAUUGAAAUGGAGCCUAAGACCUUGAGUCCAGUACAGAUUAACCAUGUUAAGGAACAGGCAGUAGCAAUACAAAAUUUGGAGCCAGAAAUCGCCUCAGAAGUCUUCAUUCAGGGAUUGAGGGAGGGAAUGGAGCAAAUUGGUGAAGUAAAUGAUAAUAUAAUCGGAGUUGAUGCUACUAGUAACGUUGAUGAAUGCAUCAAGGAAGAAAAGAAUAAAAUAGAAAAGUCACACCAUUGCUUAUGCAACACUCCUCUAAUUCAGUCCCCUGAUGAAGUUAGGCAAAAGGAGCCUGUUACUGCUCCUUUUUAGUCUUCAAUAUUCUUCAUGUUAUUAAUCUUUACAUAAAUAAAGAGACUAUAAGUGAUGAUAUUAAACAGCUACUUGCGCAUCUCUUCGAUGUUAUUACUCAUUUAUAUGGUCUCUUUAGAGACAUCUAAUAAAAUUGGAACGAUACAGAAAAUUCUUGCCUAUGUUGACUAUGCAUUUCAAGAAACUA